AUGGGAAUGAAACGGUCCUUCGAGACCUUAAUCGAGAACUGUCGUGAAGAUGCGCGACUGCGGGUAGCCCAGACCAAUGUUGUAUCCCGCCAUCUGAGGCGCAACUUCACAGCAACAAAAGCCUUGAAGCACUCAGUGUUGGCAGAUCAUGAUUUGAAGACAAUGGGGAUCAGGCUAUCCGAACUAGACCUUGAAGGAGCAUGUUCGGAUGACCACCAGUCGUUUUACCAGCCACUAUCAAAAGCAGAAAUACCAGAGAUUAACUGGGACAGUGUGCACUUUUCGGAAUGGCAUGAAGGACACAGCGAAGAGUCACUUCGGGUUUGUUUGACCCUACAAAGUGUUUCCGGCAGAGCCUAUGCAGCAUGGUUUCAUGAUCGCAAGCACCAACCCUGGGUCCAUCGGCAAUGCUACCGCGCAAUCCCCCGUAUUGCUAGUGGCGAGCAUACGCCAGAUGUACCGUAUUCAUGGCAGACUAUUGGGGAAAUGGAAGCAGAUUCGUUGGAUAUCCCCCACUGCAUUUUCCAGAUGUACAACUACGCUGAUCCCGAAGAACCCCUUCGCCGGAGUGAAGUCUUGGCUAUUGUCGGUUUCAUGCGAUGGCGGCUGAAUCGAUUCAAUUAUAUUAAACAUCGCAUAUUCCCGGUCCUGGUCGUUUCCAUUUUCCGCUCUCAAGCUCGAAUCUUGCAAGCGUAUCACGACGGAGAAUAUCUUCGCAUCUCAAAAAGCAAGUUCAUUGAUUUCACCGAGAAUUGUCGCGAGAAUUAUGAAUUCGGGGACAAUCCGAACCAACCAGGAAAGGAAACACCUGUCCUCGACCAUCCUCGUAAGAUUUAUCCCACCGGUCUGGGACACUGGGGCUCGAUCGCCGCCAUGUCGCCCUCUAAGCAGUCUGUUGCCACGGCGGACAUGCCAUUUAUCGUCUCCACCGGCACCAAGAAAGUCGAUCCUCGUACCCGCAAACUCAUUCGCAGCCAUGUUAUGAUUGGCAAGAACCGUGGGAAAUCCCGCUAUCGCCAAGCAGGGGCCGAUCCAUCGACACUGGCAGACGGGAGCACAGACGAGACUUCGGCUCCUCCUGCCGAUGACCCCGUGGAUUUGCCAUUAUUGCCAUCUAAACAAGUAUCAGCCACCCGCGUGGCGUCAGAUCUUCCCGGCAGAGUUGGCAACGACAUGUCCUUCGUCCGGCUGGCUGAUGACACUACCAGCCCUGCAGCCCUAGCCACUAUCCUUCGCUUCACUGAACGGGCAAAGAUAGAGUUCUACCCGCUUGCCGUAUGCAUAGUGUUCAACGCGUCUAGUCGAUCAUGGGUUCUUAACAUGCUGUCACUAGACGCAGCCUACCUCAACGCCAUGGUCAUCACCACCCAAUCAUACUUUGGUAUUUACAAGGGGCCGGAAGCGGCCCAAUCGCCUCAUCUGGGGAAAGCCAUCCGCCUGCUACGCAAUCGGCUCGGAGAGGAACAGGUCCGCGUGUCCAAUGCAACCGUAAUGGUCGUCAUUAUUUUGAUUUUGCACGCGCAUAUCGUGGGUGAUUACGCUGCCGUACUACAUCAUACCCAGGGUUUACGCAAGAUGGUCAGGCUUCGCGGGGGACUAGGAGCAUUUACAUCCAAUAACAAACUAGUCAUUGAUCUUAUCCGAUGCGAUGUGGGACUAGCGAUCCACAGUGGAGAAAAACCCGCCUUUUUCGAGAACCGCGAUCUCGACAUUUUUGUCCCAUCCGACCUUUGCUUCACGCCGCGAUCUCGCCCUGCCCCGUCGUUCGUCCGGGGGCUUGACCCCGGUCUGGCGCGGAUGUGGCACAUUAUGCAGGGAUUCAGUGCCCAGGUAAACUUGACCACCAAGACGAAUGGCAUGAUUCCCGAGACGGAUUUCAUGAAAACAAUGGCCUCCGUCAUAUACCCUCUGUUACACAUGAGUUUUGAGCCCGGUUCCCUCGACGAGGCGAUCCGCCUAGCUUUACUCAGCUACGGAUUUGACAUCUUUCUCCAGUUCCGCAGCGAUCCCACCCCGUACGUCCACCUGGCUGCCUCGUACCAGCGCUGCUUAAAUGGCCUAGCCAAGCGGAACGAUGUCUCUCCACAACUCUGGAUUUGGUUGUUAACUGUCGGUGGUCUUGUGGUGUUUUUACCCGCUGUCAGGCGGAAUUUCAGGCACUGGCUGCUGUAUUACCUAGGAAGCUGUCGUGUCCGCUCGUGGGAGGGAAUGCAGGCCAUCCUCUCCUCAUUCAUUUGGAUUGGACUUGUGCAUGAUGAAGGGGGCAAGGAGAUUUUUGACAAGUUGUUUGCCAAUCUAGAGCCUGGGUCGGAGACAUUUGUUGAUCAGACGUCUUCGAGAUUAAUCACGUGUUAGCGUUGUUAUGAUUCAUGUUGCUGGUAUAUAUUCAUGGUUGGGAAGAAAGACUGGAGAGUGAACAUAUAUUGGCAUAUACAACCACUAGAACAGUGCUUUUGCCUCACUAGUUGUGUAAUAGUCAUGUGUUGGGAUUUAGUUCAGAGAGCCGGUAGUGCUGGUCAUGU